UUUGUUAGCAGCGCUGCAAGGUUAGACCGUUAGUGCUGUUGUGAUGGAGGAAGAAUGAAAGUUUGCUCACGCUGCUCUUGUUUUGGUUUGCAUCGUGUUUCACUUUAGCUAGCCGAUUAGCUUACUGAAGCCCAGCCAUGUCUGCCAUGUGGCGGCGGCUGCAGGUGAAGGUGGGGCCGGCUCGUGGAUUACUCACCUCCACACAGGUUACACGUCGAUCCACAUGGCUGAACGGACAUCUGUCUCUGUGUCAAAGCUUUAGCACAGGCACAUCUCUACGAAAUGACUUCUUCAAAGAUCUGGAGACCCAUAUGGAAGCUAUGCGGAAGAAGGCGAUGGACGCGCUUCCAGGGAGCAGCUGGACUCCUCUGGAAAUCAACCCCAACCUUCCUCCAGAGAGGGCGGAUAUCGUGAUCGUCGGAGGCGGGGUGAUGGGCUGGUCCAUCGCCUACUGGCUGAAACAGAAGGAGAUGGUGCGCGGAGGGGUGCGGGUCCUGGUUGUGGAGAAGGACCCAACGUACUCCCAGGCCUCCACAGUGCUAUCUGCUGGGGGGAUCCGACAGCAGUUCUCCCUGCCGGAGAACAUCCACCUCUCCCUGGCCUCUGCCGACUUCAUGAGGAACAUCAAUGAGCAUCUCGGUGUGUUGAACGAAGACCCCAUAGACCUGCAGUUUAACCACUCGGGAUACCUCUUCCUGGCCAGUGAGGCGGUGGCUCACAUCAUGGAGGAGAAUUACAGCACCCAAAGGUACGCUGGAGCCAAAGUGUUUCUUCUGUCUCCGACACAACUGAAGGAGAAGUUUCCGUGGGUAAACACAGAGGGUGUGGUUCUUGCUUCAUACGGGCUGGAGAAUGAGGGCUGGUUUGACCCAUGGACUCUGCUGAACGCCUUUAAGAGGAAGGCCAUCUCCAUGGGAGCCAUUCAGUGCUGUGGGGAAGUCACAGAAUUUAAAUAUACGACAAGCGUGAUAACGACAACUGAUGGAGAAAAGCUGGAUCUGAGGAGAAUAAAGUCAGUCAAAGUGCAGAUGCCAAACAGCCUGGAGUACCAGCCAGUGGAGUGCGCUAUUGUGGUGAAUGCAGCAGGAGCCUUUUCUGGUAAACUGACCGAGAUGCUGGGAAUUGGCUUUGGCCCCAAGCAGUCCAUCGCUGCAAUCCCACUGCCUGUUGAGCCACGGAAAAGGUAUGUGUAUGUGGUCCGCUGUCCUGAUGGUCCCGGUCUAGACACUCCUUUCUUAAUCGAUUACUCAGGAGUUUACGUCAGGAGAGAGGGGUUAGGUGGGAACUACAUCACCGGGGCCUCGCCAGAGGAGGCGGCAGAGCCAGACGCCAGUGAUCUAGAGGUGGACCACAGUUUCUUUCAGGAGAAUGUCUGGCCUCAUUUGGCCUUUCGAGUUCCUGCUUUCGAGAAACUUAAGGUGACCAGUGCCUGGGCAGGUUUCUAUGACUACAACACCUUUGACCAGAACGCCAUCAUCGGUACGCACCCCCUGAUCAACAACAUGUACUUCGCCACGGGCUUCAGCGGCCAUGGCCUGCAGCACUCGCCUGCGGUGGGUCGCGCUGUGGCGGAGCUGAUUCUGGACGGAAACUAUAAAACGCUGGACCUGAGCAGCUUCAGUUUCAACCGGAUUCUGACGCAGGAACCAAAGCUGGAGAGGAACAUCGUGUAGCUGAGCCGAACCCUGAUAUCAUGUCUUUCACAUCCUGCCGAAGCCAAAUUAUUAUAACCUAAGUCUUAUUUUUGUAGCUGCAAACAUAACUUUAAUGACACAAAUUGAUUUAUAAGAUCUGGGUAGUAUAAUUUCUACAAUCCAGAUAAGCAAAAGCAAAACCUGAGUGAUUUAAGAAAAGGCCCGAAUACGGCACAUUUCCAGUCUUCAGGAGCUGCGGGAAUAAUGUCUCCUGACCAUUUGGGACUGCAAAGAGGUCAGAGUGGGCAGAUGUCUCAGGUUAUUAUUAGACAUCCUGCCAGGUAGUGACAAAAUAAUGAAAGGGCCUUUUAAAAGAUUCGUCUUUAAAGUUUUUAACACAGUUCUCACAACAGCAGGUUCAGAGAACAUUUAUUUGGUUCUUUAAAUAAGGUUUUUCAUAGUGUGAUCUCUCUGAUGUGUCACUGAAAGACAUAAAUGAGUCCCGUAUCUUAAAGGUAUUUAUAUGUUGCUUUUUCUGAUGUGUAGCUGACGUGUGAUUUAGUUAUUAAAAUUAAAUUAUUUGGCUGUCACAGCCUCAAAUCUUCACUACACAAUUAUCACAGCCAAAUGGUGAUGAUAGCUGAUAUUGUUAAUCAAUUUUACAACUUUCUGUUGUAGUUUUAUAAUCUGAUAAUAAGGAAAAAAUGUAUGUAUUAGUCAUCCCACUUUUUCAAUUUUAAAAAUUACAACAACAAAAAACAAAUAAAUUAGGGUAUUAAUGGAUGUUACCAAAAAUAAUGAGUCAGUAUGCCCUAAAUUUUACUUUUUCAGCCUGGAUUUUGAUACAUUUCUUUAUUAUAUUUAAAGAUUUUGAAUUUUUUCCAAUUCUCAGGCACAGAAAUUUUCAGAAAACACUAUUUAAGAUCUUAAAGACAUUAAACACAAAAAAGGCAAACAGUAAAACUGUUGCUCAGACUAUGUUAUAAACCAUAAUAGUAAAAGUGUCAUAUUUAAUAUAACAACCCUGGAAAUGACUUCCUACAAGAUUUUGUUUCAGAAUCAGAGCACCUACUCUGCUCGGGGUCUUUUAUUUUGAAACUGACUGGCUCCUCUGUGCAUUUCAAUUUGGUAAACUAUCAAGCGUUGAAUUGAGUGGGCACCGUCAGCCAGCAGCUGACUCACUCCUGAUACAGAGUAACAGGAAUAACUUCUGCUUUCCAGAUUUCCAGAUUUCCACUGAACUCGGCUGUUUGGUACCGUUACGCAGUCGGAACGUGCAAAUUUAGAGUGAAACAUCAUCAGAUGCAUAUGUGCUGUCCCAUGCAACGGUUUAACUGUGGUACUUUUAACAGCUUUGUGUACUUUUUGUGUAUUUUUCUAAUUUGAUCAAUAUACUGUAAUUGUGUUGUAUUGAUCAGUGUAAUUACAUUUUUAUCAGUAAGACAAUUUUUCAAGAAAAAUGUGGAGUUGUUGCCUGACUUCCUGUUUCCUUCAUUUGUUGCCGCUGCUCCUCUUUUAAAUCUCCAGAAGGGAUAGGCAUAAAAACGGUGCAGUGACUCAUUUAAGUUUAGAAAGAAGAAAAGCUAAUUUUCCAAAUAACUAAUUAGUGACAGGAUCAUCGGAUUAUCCUGUGUAAGCUGAACUUUGCAGCUUCCAUGUCUUAAAAAACAUCAUUAAAAAAAUGUCUUUGACAAUCAUCUGCUUACUGAAAGUGAAAAACUAUAUCUGUCAUACACUUAAAUGUGUAAACAUAUAUAAGGUGGUGUUAUCUGCUUUCUCUCAGUAUGAUUUACUGUCAGAAUGUUUACUCUGUAUUGAAUUUGUGUGAUUAAAGGCUGCACAGCA